CCUUUGUUGGCAUCUGGUGCGGUGACGGUGUGAUGUGCGCGUAGAUCUGUUAUAGUUUUUCCGGUAUAAUUUUCAAUUCGUGAAAUUAAUAAAAACUCGAUAUUGCUUUCGUCUUUCUCUGUGUUGUGUGAAACGCAAUGCGCGAACGGAUAAUAAAGUUCGAGCAUAUUCAGUUAAGCGUUUAUCAACUCUCGACAUAACCUAACUUUCGAUAUGGAUUUACUGUACACUGUUAAUAGAAAAGUAACGGUAAAAUCAUUUAUAAAUCAGGAAAGCCUGUAUGAGGGACAGUCGUUGUGCUCGUUAUCUAGUCGUAAUAUAGCUGCUUUCACAACUACCACUGAAUUAGACGACAACAGUGGAAAGACAUGGGGGUCUCAGGUUUACGUCUGCGAUUUAAAUAUGCCUUGGCAUAUCCACAAGGUGCUGUCGAGCAAGAAUACGAUAACUGCGUUAGAGUGGGAUUUGCCAGGUGACAAGUUAGUCGUCGCCGAUUCGAUUGGCAAUGUUCAGUUAUGGAUGUUCAAAGAUCAUGUUCUGAACGAUUGGGUAUUGAUCGGUUCCACAUGUUUCUUUGGCGAACAUAUAUUAGGCGCUGCUUGGUUCCAUAAUGGGAAAAAGACGGGUCUUGUGACUGAGAAAAAAGAUAGUAUUCACUAUAGUGAGAAAUUCAAUAAUUUACCAUUCGCACCAUCCGUAAGACAAUUCGGAGGUAGAGCAGCGGAAGGUGUAUUAGUUGUCUCGACCACAGGCAUGGUGGGUGCUGUUAUGAUCACGAAAGAUUUUCAGAAUCCCGUUUGUUCCUCCACCGAGAGUUUGGGCAGCACGAGGCAUAGGAUAACAGCGGUCGAUUUAUGUUAUGGCAAAAAUGGUCACAUUUUGGUAGCCGUAAGCGGUGGAAAUAUUUCUUUGCCGAUCAGGUGUUACAGAGUAUUAGUUCGUAAGAACGAUGAUAAGUGCACCAUCACGUCACAGGCACUCCCUAGCUUCUUCCUACAGGACGGUGCACCGAAAGACAAUACAUAUACAAACGUGACGCAAUUGAAAUUCGUGGUCCGCGAGGACGCGGAUUCGUUAGUUAUUGCUGUGAAUAGCGACAGCGGUGGUAUAGUAGAAGUAUGGGAGUUGCGAGAGAAGUCUCAGCCAGUUCACAAGUUAUUUCAACCAAAAACGCUAGAGCCAUUCAAAACAGUUGUGGUAUGGCAGCAUCAAUCGCAAUACCGGUGCCAGUCACCGAUAACUGCGAUAGGAACCACGAAAUUAUCUAUAGUCACCACGUUGCCUCCACCGAGUUACGUUAUAGUAGCUUUGGCAGAUUCAUCGGUGCAUUGCUUGAGUCGCGACUGUUUGAAGGAGAUAUCGUACUCCUCCUUGAACAUGGCAUGGCGACCCGAGGAACCGAACAAUAAAUAUUUCAAGAGCUCAGUGUCGAUAGCUAGUAUAGAUAUCUCUUGGCUAGGCUGCGUGCUCCUAGUCUGUGAUACACGUGGGAAUUUAUAUCUGUACAAAUUGUUACCCGAUGGAGGACCAUCAUUAACCCUUAGUUACGCUUGUACAUUAUUAGAAUAUUGUUUAGUAACCGGAUUAGAUUGGUUGGACAUAUUGUUAUGUUUGAGAUCCUCGAUGAUCGAGCCGUUAUGCGAAAGACUAGACGUUUCUUUCAACAGACAGUUACAGCCUAUACAGCAAUAUCAUUAUAUUCAAUUCCUUUCCAUCAAGACAUCGCUAUACAGGAUGCUAGUAUCGGGCCAGAGUAAAGCUGCCGAUUUAUCAUCGCUGCUUAUGAUACAUUCGGUAGCGACGGCUUUCAAAUCAUUGUUACGACCGUCGGACCUGAUUUCUCACGAUAAGGGACCAGCCGAGAGCUUAGCAGCUGUGAUUAACGAUGCAAUAACAGACGUAGACAAGGUUCUUUUACAUCUCGAUCCGAAGGAGUUUACAGUGGAACCGAGCACUCUUCAAUCGUUGCAACAGUUGAUUCAAUGGGUAGCUGAUCUAGCUUUGAACCUUUUAGCUCGUCUCCCAGAGCAACGACUGCAGAUGAAAUCCGGCGGCUACGAACUACUAAAGGACCAUAAAGCUUUAAACACGUUGAGAGAGUUGCUUGUUAUUAUACGAAUAUGGGGUUUGCUGCGUCCUUCGUGUCUUCCGGUAUUUUUACGCAGCGCCGACAACCUGGAUGUUCUAGCUUUGCUGUUUCGUUUAUUGUCAAAAUUGGUCCAGCCAAAUGGAGAUGGUCAAACGCAGCAAGUCGACGAUGGGCUGAUCGAUGACUGUUGCCUGCUACCUAACCAGAUUAUGAUACCACAAUUGCACCACGGUAAUAGCAUGACGGCUAUAGCUACCCCUGUACUGUUCUAUCAAAGUUUUCCUUUACAGGUAGAGUACGGUACAGAGCCUGAACAGUUGUUAUUUUUACCCGAGCUUAACCCAGUUGAGGGUUGUAUGCAUAGUGGGCAGAUCGUAGAUGGUAUCCGGCACUUAUACCUCGGGAAACAACCGCUUCUAGUUAAACAAUGUACAAGGUGCGGUGGAAAGGCCCAAGUUCAAAACAUGACGAGGACGGCUGCGAUCAGGGCAUGGGACCAGAGGUGGGCUCGAGCCUGUCGUUGUGGUGGAAUCUGGCGAAUUCAUAAAACGUCCCCCUGAACGAGAUUUUGUAAUAUACUUGUGAUUUUUUACAUGUUAAUAAAAUUAAAAGUUUUUAUGUAAAAU